AUGAAUUCUCGUAAUUAUCUUCGUUUUUCUAAAUGUGGAUUAGGGUUGAUUUUCAAUGAUGAAACACCUAGGGUUAUUAAUCCAAAUGUUAUUGUGUCCUCUUCAUUAGUACUUGUCAAUGAUAUUAAACUUAUAUCGCAGCCUCCGCCGCCGCCACCGUUGCCACCUCCUUCAUUGAAAAUGAAAGACCCUGGUGGGAUAGGAUUUAUAGAGGAUCUAGGUGGUGGGGUUGACGGACUUAUGUCAUGUACAGAGAGUAUAGGGUUGGAGAGUUGUGAAGAGAGAAGGAUUCUUGUUGAUGAUGAUGAUGAUGAUAAUGAUCAUCAUUAUCAUCAACAGAUGGUCGAGUUUUGUGAAAGAGAAAGGGAUAGAUGGAGAAAGAAAAGAAGUAAUGAAAAAAUGAGAAUAGAAAGGAAUUAUAGUAAGUUGUUUCCACCACCACUUUCUUCAUUGAAUGAAAAUGGGCAGCCAUGUUUUUACCUAAAACCGGUGAGAAAAGAUGGGAGACUGGAGUUAACAGAGGUUAAAAUACCGAGACCUGAUAUUUUACAUGCUGUCAGGGAAAAUGGUCGGUUGAGAUUGCAUCUGUUAAGAAGUCAUAAUGAUCAAGAUAUUUCCUCUAAAAUCAAUGAAGAAAAAGAAGAGAAAGUUGAAGAAUCAUGGAAACAUAGAGUGACUGAAGAUGGUUUGAAGAGAUGUCAAGAGCAGGUUAUGAGCCAUCAUCAAGAUCAUCAUCAUAAUCAUGGAUGGAGGCAGCCAUGUGUGACAACAAGAUGA